CGUGAGAGAAUUCCAGCUUGCACAAAGGGUCACUGCAUUCCGUGCACCUGUCUUUAAAGCAGUUGCUCGACGCCCUCCGCAUAGAAAGAUCUCAAUGGGUGCUUCGCUGGCGACCUCAGUGAACUCGGAGAAAAAAUUUAGUCGAGAGAAUAGAAGGUGACCAAACAAGAGUCAGUGACUUCAAGCGACCUUGCCAAACGACUCACGUCGGACACUUCUACCAAAGGGGAGAGGAGGCGCACUAUGGGGUAGCGUCCGGUACUCGCUCUUAUGAUACAAGUGAUCACUCCGUGCAUUAAUUCUCCGUCCGAUAAUAGCUGGUCACGUUCUAUACUUUUUAAAGCAUCAGAGUAGUUCAUCUUGGGACUUGUAUAAAAGCAGCAGCGUUCAGUGCAAAGAAUCAGUCUUGUUUUCAUCUCGACAAGAGUAACAGCACACCAUGUUCUCCAAGGUUGUUCUCUGCUGCCUUCUGGCCAUUGCUGCAUCUGCACCAGUUGAGGAAUACCCACCUCAGCCGUACAGCUUCAGCUACGACACCACCGAUGAAUUCGGCACCCGCCUGACCCGUGAGGAAACGGGUGACGCCAACAACAACAAGGUCGGCUCCUACAGCUACACCGACGCCGCCGGCGUGAGCCGUACCGUCAAGUACACCGCCGAUGCCGAGGGCUUCCACGUGACCGUCGAGACCAACGAGCCAGGAACCAAGAGCUCCAACCCAGCCGAUGCCCUGUACACCUCUAACGCCGUCGAGGUUGCCCCAGCCCCAGCUGCCGCCGUCGUUGCCAAGCCCGUCGAGGUCAAGGCCCCCGCUGUGAAGCCCGUGGUUGUGCAGGCCGCCCCAGCUCCAGUCGCCGUGCACGCUAUUCACGCCGUGCACCCAGCUCAGUACGCUGUGCACGCUGCCCCAGUUGCCUACGCCACCGCCCACCACGUGACCCCAGUCACUUUUGUCCACCAGGCCCCAUUCACCUUCGGCAAGGCCAAGGCUUAAGCGAAGAAUCUUCAUAGAUCACAGGCACAGAGUCAACCCGACACAAACAAGCUAACCUCACACACACACAGGUGGCCGCUGCAUGGAGACCCGGGCAUGCCAUCGAUCGCUCACGGCUGACGAAAUGGUAUCGCGACUCUGCAGUUGAAACCAGUCACUUACUUAUCCUGUUGUUCUGCACUGUUAAUGUUUAAUGAAGAAUUUUAUCAGAUGUUACCGUUGACAAAGACACUAUAAAUAAACAAAC